GCCAGCCAUCGUAUCGCCGUAUUGAUCACUGCCAAACACCCACACACGCGCGCACACACACACACACACACCAACAAACCCUUCCAGCGGACUCCUUCUGAGACGGCCAAUGUGGUGUGCUCCAAAGCUGACGGCCGCUGCAGCUGUUUUGUGCUGUGCAGUGGUGGCGGUGCUGCUUCAGGGAGCAGCGUCGGCAAAUGCCCGAGCCCAUCACGGCUACGCCGCCUGCGACCCCUCCGUCGUGCAGUCCAGCGGCUACAUCGACAUCCCCGGUGUGAGCGGGACACAGAAGCACUACUUCUACUGGCUGUUUGGUCCUCGUCGGUGGCCCACGGACGGCAGCCAACCGCCUGUGAUUAUGUGGAUGACGGGCGGACCCGGGUGCAGCUCAGGAUUGGCGCUAGCUAUGGAGCUGGGUCCGUGCGAAGUCAAUGAAACCUCCGGUGAGCUGCACCGCAACGCGUACGGGUGGAACGACGAGGCGUACCUGCUGUUCGUGGACCAGCCGACGGGUGUGGGCUACUCCUACGGCGACAAGGCCAACUACGUGCACAACGAGAGCGAGGUGGCGGAGGACAUGUACCACUUCCUGCAGGGCUUUGCGAGGAAGUUCACGUCGCCCUCCAUCACCGGCGCGAACGACUUCUUCAUCAUCGGCGAGAGCUACGCCGGACACUACGUUCCCGCGGUGAGCUACCGAAUCUUCCAGGGCAACCAGCGUGGUGACGGCCCCGUGAUCAACCUGAAGGGCAUCGGCAUUGGCAACGGCAUCACGGACCCGUACACGCAGGCACCUUCCUACGCGGAGAUGGCGUACGAUGGCUGCCUCGCCAAAACUGGCAAACCGUGCAUCACGGCGGCGGCGCAUGAGGAAAUGCUGUCGUUGCUGCCCGCCUGCGUGGACCACAUCCAAAAGUGCAACGACGCCUCUCUCGACUACGCCGCCUCGAACGCGGAGUGCCUGCUUGCGAAUACGGUUUGCGGCGACUACCAGAGUUAUUACUACAAUACGGGGUUAAACAGCUAUGACGUGCGCAAGACCUGCGACGGCCCGCUGUGCUAUCCGAUGAACCACACCAUUGCGUUUUACAACAACUCGGCGGUGCGCGCUUCGUUGGGCGUGGAUGACGCCGCAACGUGGGCCACAUGUAACAACGAGGCGGGAGAACUGUUUGUGUAUGACGAGGUGAAAAACUUCAACUACACCUUUCCGCCGAUGCUGGCGGCCGGCAUCCGUGUACUGAUCUACGCCGGUGAUUGCGACUUUAUCUGCAACUGGAUCGGCAACAAGGCGUGGGUGACGGCGCUGAACUGGCCUGGGAAGACCGCCUUCAACGCCGCGUCGGACAUGGAGUUCCGUGUUGGAGGCCGCGCCGCUGGACAGGAGCGGAAGUACGGCAACUUUAGCUUCGUGCGUGUGUACGAUGCGGGCCACAUGGUGCCGAUGGACCAGCCGGAAGUGUCACUGUACAUGGUGUCGCAAUUCCUGCACGACAAGCGGCUGUCUGCGGCGUAA